AUGCAUUCAGGUCUGUACAAUGUCACGCUAGCAGAUCUACCAUUCGACAUUGUUGAGUACGCCAAAAUGAAUACUAAAGAACGAGAAGAGUCUUUGCGAAAUACAAUCCGCUUGAUAGCCAGCGACUCAAAAGCAAUUCAUCGUCGUCACAAGCGGGACGUACAAGUGCUACAACAUACAACAUUAGCACCAUUCAUGUUUGCACCAUCCAUUCUAACGUUGGUGGUGCUUGGACCAAUCACUCUGUCUCCAUAUAUAUUCUCGCCAAGUAUUCUUUCGCCAUCGGUGCUGAGUCCGAUAACACUAUCGCCCUCGUUAUUUGCGCCAAGUAUAUUGUCGCCAAUGGUGCUGGACCCCACCGUACUCUCACCGCAG